AUGGGCGACGCACGAGCAUUCAGCCAUCCUCCCAGCCUCGAGGCUGUGGUCAAAAACCACUCGCUGCUUCGAGAUUCCGCCUUCAUUGGAGGCGAAUGGGUUUCUAGGUCGUCCAAGUUCCCCGUAUAUGAUCCCGUAACCAAUAAGCCGAUCGCUCAGAUUGCCAAUCUGGAAGUCGACGAUUUCAAACGAGCCAUCACUCACGCCGAAGCUGAAUUCAAGACCUUCAAGGAGACCAGCGAACAUGACCGUUCGAAACUGCUGCACAAGUGGGCCGCCCUCGUGCGCGCCCACGCCCACGACCUGGGCGUGAUUCUUACCAUGGAGAACGGGAAAACCCUCCCGGAGGCCGAAGCCGAAGUCGAGUACGGUGCGAGCUUCAUCACCUGGUUUGCGGAAGAGGCGAUUCGAUCUUACGGCGACAUCAUUCCGUCUCAGCAUAAAAAUGCGACCAAUCUAGUUCUACGCCAACCCAUUGGGGUCUGCGGCGUCGUCACGCCGUGGAACUUUCCCAUUGCCAUGGUCACCAGGAAGCUGGCGCCUGCCAUCGCAGCCGGCUGCACCGUUGUCAUCAAGCCGCCGAGCGAGACCCCGCUUUGUACGCUGGCGUUGACAGCGCUGGCCGUCGAGGCGGGCAUUCCACCGAACGUCAUCCAGGUGGUCACAACCAAGAACCGCGCAGCCGUUGCCGAACUGUACACGAACCCCAUCAUCAAGAAGGUCAGCUUUACGGGUUCGACGGGGGUAGGUAAGCUUAUCACUAAGCAAGCGUCCGAGACGAUGAAGAAGGUGUCGAUGGAACUUGGCGGGAACGCCCCGUAUAUCGUCUUCGACGACGCCAACCUGGAGAUUGCCGUUGACGGCGUCUUGGCCUGUAAAUACCGCUGCAGCGGCCAAACAUGCGUGUGCGCGAACCGACUCUAUGUGCAACGCGGCAUCCACGACCGGUUCGUCGCUGCGCUCCGCAAGAAGGUCGAAAAUUUCAAGAUCGGAUCUGGCCUUGACCCGACCGUCACGCACGGGCCGUUGGUCAACCGCGCCGCGGUCCAAAAGGUCAAGGAGCACAUCGACGACGCAGUAUCGAAAGGUGCUCAGUUGGUCUUUGGCGGCGACACCCCCGCCGAGAUGGACGGCUACUUCAUCCAGCCAGCCCUGCUGACCGGGGUGACACAACAGAUGCUCGUGGCCAAAGAUGAGACCUUCGGACCCUUGGCGCCUGUCUUUGCCUUCGACACCGUGGACGAGGUCAUCGAGAUGGCCAACGAUACCGAGUUCGGUCUGGCCGGAUAUUUCUUCUCUGAAGACCCUAAAAAGAUCUGGAAACUCGCCAAAGCUCUUGAGGUCGGCAUGGUAGGGGUUAACACGGGCAAGAUCAGUGCGGCCGAAGCCCCGUUCGGCGGUAUUAAGGAGUCUGGCCUCGGAAAGGAGGGAAGCAAAUACGGUCUGGAGGAAUACCAGAUUCGCAAGAGCGUCACCUGGGGCAACUUGUUCUAG